GUUAGCCCGGCCCGCACACUUGAACAUGCGCGUAAACGCCGUGACGUGACGCCGGUCAAUUUGCAGUUGGAAGUUUACGUACUAAGGUAUAGCUAGUCCAAAGUGCAAUGUUGCUGGUAUUGUUAAUAGUUCUGCUGCCGCUGGCGUGGAUGGCUAUGUUCAAAUACAGGAGGAGGCACAUGUACAAGUUGGCCAGGCCUAUACCAGCGCCAGAGGUGGAAUUGCCCGUGAUCGGUAUCGCACACAAACUCAUGGGAAAUACUGAGGAUAUAAUGACCACACUAAGUAACUUCAGCUAUGAAUGCACGAAACACAAUGGUAUAAUCAAAGGAUGGUUGGGCCACAUCCUGUAUUUUGUACUGAUAAACCCUGCGGAUUUGGAAGUGGUGUUGAAGACUUGUUUGGAAAAGGAUGACCUUCACCGGUUCCUCAGGAAAGUUAUUGGAUAUGGAGGCAUAUUUGCACCAGUAUCAAUAUGGCGUCGUCGUCGCAAGAUCCUGGUGCCGGCGUUCAGCCCGAAGAUCGUGGAGAACUUCGUCGAGGUGUUCUCUGAGCAGAGUGAGCGGCUCGCCGAGCGGCUCGAUGCACGCGCUGACACUGGCACCUUCAGCAUAUGGCCGUACCUUAGCACGUACACUCUCGACUCUGUUUGUGAAACCGCAAUGGGCGUGAAAGUGAAUGCACAAGGAAACCCCAACUCUCCAUACCUGCUGGCGAUGAACAAGGUUUUGAACUUGGUCUGCGAGAGGAUCUUCCACUUGUGGCUGCAGCCAGAUUGGUUGUACCGCCUAUUCCCGCAGUACCCUGAACAUCAGCGGUGUGUGAAGAUCAUGCAUGACUUUACGGAUGAUGUAAUAAAGAAAAAACGAGAGGAAAUAAAGAAUCAGGGACAAAAUAAAACAAAAGACUACGACUUAGGCACUUAUAAAAGGAAGACAUUUCUGGAUCUACUGAUCAGUGUGUCUGGUGGAGGGGAGAAAGGGUACACUGAUGUGGAACUAAGGGAAGAAGUACUAACUCUAUCAGUAGCUGGUACCGAUACUUCCGCCGUGGCGGUGGGGUAUACUCUGAAACUGCUUGCCAUGUACCCUGCUGCACAAGAGAAAGUUUAUAAAGAGCUACAUGAAGUAUUUGGUGACUCAGACCGGCCUUUGACGAAAGAGGAUCUGAUGCAACUGAAAUAUUUGGAGAGAGUGGUUAAGGAGUCUCUCAGAUUGUACCCGCCUGUGCCUUUUAUUAUAAGGAAAGUCUUAGAAGACAUUAAAUUACCAUCUGGUCGUAUCCUUCCCGCUGGCUCUGGAGUAGUUUGCUCCAUCUGGGGGACCCACCGCGACCCUAAAUACUGGGGCCCCGACGCUGACAACUUCGACCCUGACCGAUUCUUGCCUGAGAGGUUCAACUUGGCCAAUACCUAUAGCUUCAUGCCCUUCAGCAGUGGCCCCAGGAAUUGUGUUGGAUAUCAAUACGCGCUGAUGUCAGUAAAGACGGCAGUAUCAGCAGUUCUUCGGCGAUACCGAGUAGUGGGCAAAGAAGAGACUAGUCCAGCUCCGACCAUCAGGGUCAAACUGGACGUCAUGAUGAAGGCAGUGGACGGCUACCAACUAGCUUUGGAGAGACGGCGACCGAAACCUACAGCUAACGGCACAUCUAAAAUUAUAAACUAGAUAAAUUCAGAAGCAAAUGUUUAAAACAUCGCAUAUGAAAUCUAAAACUGUAACAACUAAAAAAAAGAAAUUCGAAAAAUACUGAUUUGAAAGUUUGACAAAUUCAUAGUUCAGUAGAGUCUUCUAAGUAUAUAAUUAUUUCUGUUACACUACAUAAUAUAAUAUUGCUUGUCAGUUUAUGUAUCCUGUACUGAAUUUCAUUUGCGAUAUCUCUAACAGUAGUAAUGUACCUCUCAGUAUACGAGUAAGUUAUUAAUUCUUAAGCUUUAUAAUAAAGAUUUAUAUGUGAUAGUAAA